AUGGAUACAAUUUUUCAAGACGACCACCCACUAAAGGCUGCUAUUGAAAAAGUCGAGGCAAAGGGCGACUUCAAUGCGAAAGACCCGAGGCAUGAGGGGUACAUCUGCGAAUACUUCAAUCUCUCGCUGAAUAUGUGGGAAGAUGUUUACAACUGCGAUGACUACAAGGACUAUUUCGAGGAGACGCAAGAUUACCUGGACUUGUACGCUGAGUACUACGGAUGCGAGCUGGAAAUUUGUGGCAUGACUGCUGGUGGCGCCGAGCAAAUCGCUGCAACUACUGCACCACUGUUCUUGACACUGUUCUUGUGGCUAUUCAAAUGA